AUGCAGCCGCCGGUGCCUGGGCCCCUGGCCCUGCUGGACAACACAGAAGGGUUUGCCAGAAGAAAGACCUCACUUUGGUUUGUGGGGUUGCUGCUGGUGGCGUCCGUCUGUAUCCUGACCAUCGGCCUCGCUGCCACCACCAGGACAGAGAACGUGACCGUGGGGGGAUACUACCCAGGGGUCAUUCUGGGCUUUGGAGCUUUCUUAGGGAUUAUCGGCAUCAACCUGGUGGAGAACCGGAGGCAGAUGCUGGUCGCGGCCAUCGUGUUCAUCAGCUUCGGCGUGGUGGCGGCCUUCUGUUGCGCCAUCGUGGACGGCGUGUUUGCUGCUCGGCACAUAGAGCCCAGGCCGCUGGCUGCGGGAAGAUGCCAGUUUUUCGCCAGUGAGGUGGGUUACGUGCACGACGCCUACCAGACAGAGGUCACCUGUCACUCCUUUAACGGCCAGUGCCCGCUGAAGGUGAAAAGCAGCACCUGUUACUGCUGUGACCUCUACAAUUGUCAGAGCGCUGAACCUUCUCCCACCUACUACGAGUUCGUGGGCGUGAGCAGCUGUCAGGACGUGCUUCACCUGUACCGGCUACUCUGGGCCUCAGCGGUGCUGAACGUCCUGGGUGUGUUCCUGGGCAUCCUCACAGCAGCUGUCCUGGGGGCCUUCAAGGACAUGGUCCCUCUGUCCCAGCUGGCCUACAGCCUCUCCGCUGCACCCCAGAUCCUCUGCAACCCUGCCCAGCAGGUCCUGGCCUACACGGGCUUCUGCCCGCCAUCUGCACCCCUCCCCACCUGCUCAUCCUACCCUCUGCCUCUGCAGCGCUCACCCCCAAGGACAGGCACCGCCCUGAGGCACCGGACACCGCCUUCCCAGAUGCCCAGGGGGCCACACGUGGCAGCAUUAUCUUCCCAGGAGCAUCGCCCACAUCUGCCCUUGGGUAUCCCCUCUGGUCCCCGCCAUGGGCAGAUGCCUCUAACUCCAGCCUCUGUGUUCCGAGUGACCCCUGGGGUGCGCAGCUCCUGA